ACGAUGCCGCCCCGGGCAACCGCCCGUGUCGCCCGUAUCAAAAACCGCUACUGCUUCCUCUCAUAGUUCCUUCUUCCAUUCCUCCUUUCCUCCCUGUUCUCUUUCUCUAACGCCUCCGCAGUUUCAUUGUUCCGCAGCUGAAGCCGUAAUAAAUCAUGCAUAGUGGGGCUGCCUCUGUGGGCGUUUCUUCUUCUUCUCUCAUUUAAACCGCAGAGUGAGGGGGGACCCGGGGAGACCGCCUGCGACCCUCUGCCGGACUCUGUGCCCUCUGACCCGCCGUGGAUCCGGACUGAUCCGGACCGAGCCGACCCGUCCUUGCUGUGUAACCUCAUCGCCAUGAGUCUGAGCGCUAACGAACUCUCUGAGCUCAUUGAGCUGUUGGAGGAGCUGAACCUGACUGCUGCUGACCAUAACAUGUCCCAUGUGGAGGCGCUGAGGUGUUCGGGCACCGUCAGCCACACAGCCUUCCUUCACACCCUCUCUGUCCUCUACAUCUUCAUCUUCCUGGUGGGCCUCGCCGCCAAUGCCCUGGUGGUCUGGGUCAACCUGCGAUCCGACAGGAACCGCUACGAGACACACCUGUACAUCCUGAACCUGGCCAUAGCCGACCUGUGCGUCGUGGCCACGCUGCCGAUCUGGGUGACCUCUCUGCUGAAGGGCGGUCGGUGGCCAUUUGGAGAAUCCGUCUGUAAACUUACUCACCUGGUCUUCAGCGUUAACCUCUUCAGCAGCAUCUUCUUCCUCGCCUGCAUGAGUGUCGACCGUUACCUGUCCCUCACGCUGUUUGCCGACACCCCCGAUAGCCGCAGGAAGAAGGUGGUGCGCCGGCUAAUCUGUGUUCUGGUUUGGAUGAUGGCGCUGGUGGCCUCCAUCCCAGACACCUACUUCCUGCAGGCGGUGAAGUCAACGCACAAUGAUGGUGCCGUCUGCCGGCCAGUGUACCCACCCAGCAACCUGAAGGAGUGGAUGGUGGGCAUCCAGCUAAGCUUCUUUGCGCUCGGCUUCGCCAUCCCCUUCCCCGUCAUCGCCGUCUUCUACCUACUCCUGGCGACGGCCAUCCCUCCCACCUCAGACCAGGAGCGGCACGUCAGCCGGCGGAUCAUCCUCACAUACGUCGUGGUCUUCCUGGUGUGUUGGCUGCCAUUCCAUGCCGUCCUCCUGCUGGACACCCUGUCCCUGCUGAAUCUCCUGCCCUUCAGCUGCUGGCUGGAGAACCUUCUAGACGUGUCGCUGCACCUAACGCAGUGUUUCUCGCUGGUCCACUGCUGCGUCAACCCCAUCCUGUACAACUUCCUGAACAGGAACUACCGCUAUGACCUCAUGAAGGCCUUCAUCUUCAAGUACUCCACCAAGACCGGGCUCACCAGGCUCAUCGAUUCCUCACAUGCUUCAGAGACUGAGUAUUCUGCAAUGACCAUGGACAGCCCGAUGUGAACUUCAGAGCCUUCCAGGACUCUUUCAAAGACUUGUAAAUAACUUCCACCUGCUCCUGUUGGUGGCAGACCUAACUUCAUCCAGAGGACCUACCACAGCAACGACGAGUAGGCCUUCAGACCUGCACCAGGUCAGGGUGUGCGUGCUGUAGCAGUUCUAACGGACCGGGUUGGCUCGACUCGUUCAGGACCUGCAGUCGAUUCUAUCUGCUGGUGGUAACUGCAGUCUUUUCCAGCUUGAGCCAGGUGAACCACACCAGCUGUGGUUCCUGGAUGAUUUAUUGACCUGAUGGCCAAUGAAGCUUUUUAGGACUCGGGAAUGCAUCCUAACACCUAUCUGACACGUUGGGAUUACCUUUGGUAACGUGUAAACCACUGUAUUUACCUAGAACUCAUAAGACCUGAGAACAUCCUUUUGAGGAAUUCUCUGAUGAAUUCGUCUUACCGAUGGUGAUGGACCCAGCCAGUUUGGACCAUUGGGACAUUAGCCCCAAGAUUAUCCUCAGCUGUGUCCUGCUCUUUCAGGUGUGCUGGUCUUUGAGGAGGUAGAGCUUCUACAUACUCAGAGUUCUCCAUAUUGCAGCACGUCUGAACGACCACCUAAAGCAGGGCUGAAACGAGUCAUAUGUUAAUGAAUCGACUGGUGACAUAUAGACGUUCUGGGCAUCAGAUAAUCAUUUGUAUCUAUAAAAAAAGACUAUUCUUCAUGCUCUGCUGUUUGUAUCUGAGUAAUCAAAACAAAGACAACACAAACGUUUGUGGACAGCACGACUAAACGUGUCAGGGGUGCUCUGAUCAGCUGCUUUAACUCACUGAGGUUUUACCUGUUUCUGACACACAUGGCUUUCACAUUCAGUACAUUAUGUUGGAGUAUUUAAUACACAAUAUCUUCCUAGAUGUAUUAUAACUCUCUUACGUAGAAAAUGAAUGAAGGCUCAAACAUCAGCAGGUCAGUGUUCAGUGUUAGGAACAGCUACUCGCUGAGCCUGGUUCAGAUCCUUCACCACCUAACCGAAGCUCACAGGUCAGAGGAACACUGGAAUAUGUAGAGUGAGCAUCCACAAGCCUUCGUUCAUGUCGUUGUUUGUCCCGACAGUCAGAGCUGAGGGCUGAAACUCGCCUGAGAGACGACCCGAGGAACCUGAAACUCAUUGCAUCACCUAAAGAAACCUAAAAAAAGUUGUUUUUUUCCACUUUAGUUAAAUCAGAGGUGGAAACAUGAUGGAGGAAAACAUUUUUCACCUACAGUGAUGACUCUGAAAUCUGUGGACGUGUUUCCGUCCAACAAGCUGGAAACUAUUAAUGGUAAAUUCUGGGAUCAAACUGGCGAAUGACGCACAAACAUCACAUCAGCAACAAAUUAUUAGGGAGAACUUUUUGUCUUUGGCAGAAAUUCUUGUUUUCUGUAAUGUUUUUGCCAAAUAUCCACAUGCUCUUUCCAGGAAACUUUAUUUUGAAACUCAGAAAGAAACAGAAAGUUGUUUUUUUUUAAUUAUCAGCAUAUUUAAUCUGUCUGCUGUGAGAGUAUCAGACUGUGAUGAUGUGGUUCAUUUCUGUAUUACAGCUCCUGCACAAGAAUCAAUGAUUCUGACCAAACUCUGUAAAAAAACAGGGAUUUUUAGCUCCUUUUUCCUGUAUGAUCUCCUGCUUGUUUCUGCUUCAGUUUCACUGUGUAAUAAAAAUG